AUGGCUUCACCGUCUUCAACUAAUGACACUGAUAGUGAUCGUUCAUCACCUGGAAAAGAUAUUACUAAAGUUACUAACAGUCUCACCAAUGUUGCAACAAUUGAAAAAGGCGAUAUGAGUCAAACUCAACUUACCAAAUGGCAAAGAUUCAAAGACAGUUUCCAAAGAAAGGAAGAGGUACAAGAUGAUUCAGAUGAUUUAGAAGCACAAGAUCCUUCAACCAAGAAGAAGAAAGCACCGGGUAUGUCUUCUCGUCAUGUUGCAUUGAUUGCAAUGGCUGGUGGUUUAGGUACUGGUUUGUUGGUUGGUAAUGGUCGUGCAUUAUCUCUUGGUGGACCAGGUGGAUUAUUAAUUGCAUAUGGAAUCAUUGGUGUUAUGUUAUUCGCAACUAUGUCAGCUGCGGGUGAAUUGGCUGUUUCUUAUUCUUCAUUGACUGGUGGUUUCAAUGCUUAUGCUGCUAAAUUAGUUGAUCCAUCUUUGGGGUUUGCAAUUGCUUGGAAUUAUGCAUUAAAUUGGCUUACUGUCUUACCAUUGGAAAUGGUCACAGCCAGUAUGACUAUUCGUUUCUGGAAUAAGACUAUUAAUCCAGAUAUUUUUGUGGCUAUCCUUUUAGUCUUUGUUAUCUUGAUCAAUUUUUUUGGUGCUAAAGGUUAUGCUGAAGCUGAAUUUUGGUUCAAUUUAGCCAAAGUUUUAAUGAUUUCGGGAUUUAUUAUUUUGGGUCUCUUAAUUGAUACUGGUGUAGCUGGUAAUUUAGGAUAUAUUGGCGCUAAAUACUUUCAAGAUCCUGGUCCUUUUGCUAAUGGAUUUAAAGGUGUUUGUGCGUGUUUUGUUACUUCAACUUUCUCACUAGGUGGUACUGAAUUUGCUGUUAUGAGUGCAAGUUCAUUUUCUAAUCCAAGAAAGGCCAUUCCAACCGCUAUUAAACAAGUCUUUUAUAGACUUUUGAUUUUUUAUUUCCUUUCAAUUUUCAUCGUUGGUUUAUUAGUUCCUUAUAAUUCUGAUAGAUUAAUGGGUUCAGGUCAUAAUGAUGGUGCUCCAGUAUCACCAUAUGUCAUUGCUAUUGAAUCUGCAGGUGUCACUGUUAUUCCACAUAUUAUUAAUGCUGUUAUUUUAAUUGCCGUUCUAUCUGUUGGUAAUUCUGCUUUGUUCACAUCAGCUCGUACAUUCUACUCAUUGGCACAACAAGGUUUUGCUCCUAAAUGGUUUGAUUAUGUUGAUAAACAAGAUAGACCAUUAAGAGCUAUGUUGAUUCCUUUGAUUUUUGGUCUUUUCAGUUUUAUUGCUGCUUAUGAAGAUCAAGAAAUGAUUUUCACUUGGUUAUUAUCACUUUCCGGUUUGUCAACUAUUUUCACAUGGGGUUUAAUUACCUUGAGUCAUUUGAGAUUCAGAUCAGCUAUGCAUGUACAAGGUUUAAAUGUCAAUGAAUUGAGUUAUGUUUCAAUGACUGGUUAUUGGGGUUCACUUGUUGCUUUGAUUUUAAUGGUUUUUGUAUUGGUUUCGCAUUUUUGGGUUUCAUUAUUCCCAUUCCAUAAUGAUGGUAAACCAAGUGCAAAUUCAUUUUUUCAAAAUUAUCUUGGAUUAUUUUCAUUUUUAAGUCUUUACGUUGGUCAUAAAAUUUAUUCUGGUAAUUGGAAAUUAUACAUUAAAGCUGAAGAUAUUGAUUUAGUUUCUGAUCGUACAAUUUUCCAAGCAGAUGUUUUAGGACAAGAAAAACAAGAACUUGAUGAUAAAUUAAAACAAGGGCCAUUAUAUAAAAGAAUUUUGAACUUUUGGUGUUGA